GGGUCGAGAAACAAGCACACCCAUGACUGUGAGCUAGCGGGCCUGAGUUCUUCAUUUAAAAAAAAAACAAAAAACACGUCAAAGGAAACACAACCGGCCAUUUCAACACUGCCACUACAGACAAUUACAGUCUAUCGUUCUGUAAACAUAUGACAUAGCGAUGCCGGGGCUCAGCUGUCGAUUUUACCAGCACCGGUUCCCAGAGGUGGAGGAUGUCGUGAUGGUGAACGUGAGGUCCAUCGCUGAGAUGGGUGCCUACGUCAGCCUCCUGGAGUACAACAACAUCGAAGGCAUGAUCCUCCUGAGCGAGCUGUCACGUCGACGUAUCCGCUCCAUCAACAAGCUUAUCCGCAUAGGUCGCAACGAAUGCGUGGUCGUCAUCCGAGUAGACAAAGAGAAGGGAUACAUUGAUUUAUCAAAAAGAAGAGUUUCACCAGAGGAGGCCAUCAAGUGUGAAGAUAAAUUCACAAAAUCUAAAACUGUGUACAGCAUCUUGCGACAUGUGGCAGAAGUGCUGGAGUACACUAAGGACGAGCAGUUAGAGAGCUUGUACCAGCGCACCGCCUGGGUCUUUGACGAGAAAUACAAGCGGCCAGGAUACGGAGCUUAUGAUGUUUUCAAACAGGCUGUAACAGAUCCUGCCAUCUUGGAUGGUUUGGAUUUAACAGAAGAGGAAAGGAAUGUUCUGAUUGACAACAUCAACAGGCGACUUACUCCCCAGGCCGUCAAAAUCAGAGCAGACAUUGAAGUGGCGUGUUAUGGCUACGAGGGAAUUGAUGCUGUGAAGGAGGCUCUGAGGGCCGGACUCGGCUGCUCCACAGAGGCCAUGCCCAUCAAGAUUAAUCUGAUCGCUCCCCCUCGCUACGUGAUGACGACGACAACUCUGGAGCGCACAGAGGGUCUGUCUGUCCUCAACCAGGCCAUGGCUGCGAUCAAGGAGAAGAUCGAGGAGAAGAGAGGCGUCUUUAACAUCCAGAUGGAGCCUAAGGUGGUGACAGACACGGACGAGACAGAGCUCGCUCGCCAGCUCGAGCGGUUAGAACGCGAGAACGCCGAGGUGGACGGAGACGACGACGCCGAGGAGAUGGAGGCCAAAGCAGAGGAUUAGAGCCGAUCCUGGGACCAAGAGGCUGGUGGGGGGCGAAAAUGUGGAUAAGACUUGGCCACAGUCACUCAGUCCAGCAGAUGUCAACUUUCACACGGCAAACAUUAACUGUAAACAUCCAGGUUUGUUCAUUAGCAGCAAGGGGUUUUGUCUCGGAGGAGCGUUCCAGUGCGGUCCUCUUAUCCAGACAUGAUGGACUCACAGAAAAUUAAUUUACAGGAAAAAAAAAUAUGUCAUUGUUUCUAUUUUAAAAUACACCUAAUUGAAUAAAUAACUUUAAAUUAACAAAGCUGUUUACAAGCAGUGGCCUUCACCUGUGUCUUGCUUAAAGAGUCCAGUGUGUUCAGUGUCCAUGACGCUUCAUCUCCGACGAGACACUGGGUUUGAUUGAUUACAGCGUUCUCUGUACCGGUCACUGGUGGCUUUUCAUGUGCUGUUUCUCUUCCAGUUCAAGGGGUUUUUACUGCUAAGAUCUGUUUCUGUUCAGCUCACACAUGGCAUCAAUAAAGCUCUGGAAGUUUUGAUCUCAA